UGGAGCAUACAGGGAAUAUUUAAAAGCAAAGUCGCGGUCCUCAGUCAUGAGAGAGAGAACGAACCUUUUACGAUACACACAUUCGGAAUAAUUUAGGCUUGUGCUGGGAUACGACACCGGAAUGAAGUCACCAAAGAUGAAGUGUCAGAGUAAAUGCUUCCCUGAGGGUGACGACGACCUGAACGCGGUCCUGUGCGAGUUCGACGCAGUCAUUGAGGAUUUCAAGUCGCCUUUAGAGAAGAGACAUUUCCGAUAUGACGAACACUUAAAGACCAUGAAGAGGCGGAGCAGCGCGAGCGUCAGCGACAGCGGCAUCAGCGACUCAGACAGUGCAGAGUCUCUAAACAGAAACAGCUUCAGCUUUAGCGACGAGAGGCUCAACUCUCCCGUGUUCUUGCCUUCACCAACCAGCCCUUCAGUAACAUCUCCCAAACCAAAACUUGGUGACACAAAGGAACUGGAAGAUUUCAUCGCUGACCUUGAUAAGACGUUAGCAAGCAUGUGACCUGAAAGAGCAAGCAGUCACGGCACCAACACCAUGAUGACGACAUCUCUCUGUUACAUUCGUAAACACCUACACUAUAUGGACUCAUUGCGCUUCCUCUGGAAGAAUUUGAUCUGGAAGAUUAUUUAAAUGGCUUUUUAUAGAAAUUAUUAUUUGUAAGAAUUUGUAAUAAUGUAGAGCUGGUUAAUGUAAAUUUUAUCAGUCUUUUGUGAAUAUAUAUUUUUGUAUUUUUAUGUAAAUAGUAUUUGUUUAAAAGUCUAUCCCUUUCUUAUAAGAAGCUUUUGCAUUAAAGAUAUUGCAUUAUUAAUUAAGCUUAACAGAAAUGCACACUUAAUUCAAAACUGGAAAGCAUCAUUAAGUGUACUUAAUAUGACUACCUGAAAUUAAAAUGAAAAACUGUGACUUUAAA